AUGCUUAGUCGUCUAUUAUCAAUAGCUGGGAUUCCGUAUCGAAUUGAUGAAGAGAUAGGUCAUGGUCUACACAGUGUUGUCUUCGGUGGAUAUGAUCUACGCGAUGGUCAAGCAGUCGCUAUUAAAAUAGUGAAUUUUACUCCUGGUUUGAUUGGAGCAAAAAUGGAUACGGAAUCUCGACGACAUUCUUAUUGGAAAGAAGUUGAAUUACUUCAAUAUUUACAAGAUUUAAAUCCAUAUGUAAUUCGUCUGUUCAAUUAUGAUUAUAAUGAUCGUUAUGGAAUGAUUGUUAUGGAACGUGGUGGCACAUUUCGUGACACUUUGAUCGAUUAUCUUUUUGCUGGCAGAGUCAUGACAAGUGCAUCGAUACAGAAGUUUUGGUCACAAAUGGUCAAAGCUAUUCAUCAUCUACAUCAAAUCGGUAUCGUCCACGGUGAUUGUAAGCCAGAAAACUUUAUUCAAGUCGGUAAAGAUGGUUCAUCAUUGAAACUGAUCGACAUGGGUAUAAGUUUUCAAUUACCACCAUAUGUUACCAGUCGUCUACACACAGCUGCUGGUACACCAGAUUAUGUGUCUCCUGAGAUGGUCUAUUCGUAUGGUAUGUCAGGUGAUAAAGCAAAAUUUGGUUAUAAAGCAGAUAUCUGGGCACUCGGUGUUGUUUUAUUCGAAAUGGCAUUUGGCUAUCGACCUUUACAAGCACUAGGCGAUAACGAGAGAAAAAUCAAUUAUUUAGGACGAUUACGUCGAGAUAUACACAUACCUGAUCAUCCUGAUAAAGACUUACGUGAUAUCCUUAGACGAUGUUUACGUGCAAAUCAUCGUCGACGUCCCAACACAGAACAAAUAUUAAAUCAUCCAUUUCUAACAAACCCUCGUUAA